ACGCUUACCAAGCUGCGGAUUCCUGUGCAAAUCUAUUCCAGCAGCAAUGCGUGAUACCAAGCGCCAUGCUUUCUGCAGAAGCGUCCUUUUCUUCAGCUCCACUGCGCUCCUUUGUGGGCUCGAGGCCCCUUUGACCACAGCGUCUGCGAGCGCCGGCAAUGAAGCCGUGUUGGCGGGCGCAAUGCCUAGAGUAUUUGCUGCUGGACGAUACAUUGAUAGCCGUUCACAACAACAUCCAGGCCGAAUUCGGCCUGACCUCAGUGGCACUUGGCGGAUGGAGCGGGCGGAGAACCUUAGUGGUUUCAUGCAAGCCAUCGGCUACAACUUUAUUUUGGCCAAGGCGGCUUCCUUUGCGCGUGUCACUCAGACCAUUGAGCAGAAGGAGGAUGAACUGCACUUCGUGUUUGAGGUCAACCCACCUCUCUUGGCACCAAGGCGUGAGUCUGUGGUGCCUGUGGGCGCUGCUGAAGUUUCCAUGAGUGAUGAUGCUGGCCGCGAGAUGCUCUUGCUCCAUCCAAGAUGGGACGGGGAGGUAUUCAAAGCUGGACUUCGAUACCUCAAUCCACCUCACGAGCUUACGAUUGACCGCUAUUUGGAGGACGGUCGGAUGGUAGAACACGUGCGCUAUCCAGGCCGCAACAUUGAAAUGCGGCGCGUCUUUCAAAAAGAAUUGUGAGUUUUCACUGUUUUCAGUCAAGUCUGAAAACUGUGAAAGUUUGGCAGUCGCCAGUUAGCUUUAGUGCAGACGCCUUUUCAAUUCCUUUUUCCAGAAGUGUUAUUCUUGCAAGAGGAAGGCUGGAAUGCAAAGGAUGGCGCCA